CCCUCUCACUCUAAAGUCUAUUCAUCACUCACUUUUUUUUUUUCUUUGUUACUCUUCAAUCUUCAUCCUCUCCUUCCAUAUAACCAGACAACCAGUCUCUCUCCUCAACCACAGCUAAUAUCCAAUCCCAUACAUUUUCUUUACCAAUUCUUCAAUAAAAAUCUUCACUCCCACUAAAAAAUGGCUUAGAUUCUCUUCCAUGCCCAUCUUUUUCCCCUUUUAGCAUUCAAUCAAUUCAUUGUUAAAAUCCCUAAUUUUCCACCAUUUCUGAACCCAUCUACCAUCCAAAAGGAAUCAAAAAUGGUGUCGGUGGAAGAAACACACUCUAAUUCUACUCGAAUACAUUCUAUGUAUGCCAGUUUUCAUUCGCCAUCAUCUUUGUCAUCCUCAUCUUCUACUCGAAUAUGGCGUGAAAGAGGCCGUUCUAUGAGAACUGUCCGUUCAACUAUCUUCUCACCUUCUCCUUCUAGAAAUGGUGAUUCCCAAAUCUCAAUCAUUCCAGCUAGUGGAAACAACAAUUACGGACCCGAAAACCUUACUGAUUCUAUGAUUGAUAUCCAUCUGGGUGAGCUUGCUUUAAAGUCAGUCAAAUCAUCUUUCGCAGAGGAAGAUUUUGGUCUACUAGACGAUCUUUCCAGGUCAUUCAGUGAUUAUUCUGUUUGCAGCAGUGAUAUAUCCGGUGAACUACAACGUUUAGCUGCAACGGCAUUAGUUGGGCCGAAUCCGGGUUCUGGAGAUACGGAUCCUGAACCUGAACCAUGUGAAGGGUUUCUUCAAAGGGAAAAUUUCUCAACGGAAAUAAUUGAAAGUAUUUCUCCGGAAGAUCUUCAACCUACAGUGAAGCUUUGUGUCGAUAGUUUGAAUUCACCGUCGGUAGCAAUUAAGCGUUCUGCAGCUGCAAAACUCCGCUUGUUAGCGAAAAAUAGGGCCGAUAACCGGGUUUUGAUAGCAGAUUCAGGUGCGGUUCCAGGUUUGGUGCAUCUUCUGAGGUCCACUGAUCCAUGGACUCAAGAACACGCAGUUACAGCGUUAUUAAACUUAUCACUCCACCCAAAUAACAAACGCCCAAUUGCAGAAACUUCUGGAGCAAUAAAAUCAUUGAUUUAUGUUCUGAAAACAGGGACGGAAUCUUCAAAACAAAACGCUGCAGCAGCUUUAAUGAGUUUAGCAAUGGAUGAAGAAGAGACCCGUUUAACCAUUGGCGCAUCAGGUGCGAUUCCGCCAUUGGUUGCGCUUCUUAUAAAUGGAAACUCACGAGGGAAGAAGGAUGCGUUAACGACGUUGUAUAAAUUGUGUUCAGUGAAGCUGAACAAGGAGCGGGCUGUGAAUGCUGGUGUUGUUGGGCCGUUGGUGGGUUUGGUGGCGGAACAAGGGAGUGGGAUGGCGGAGAAAGCGAUGGUGGUGUUGAAUAGUUUGGCGGGGAUUGAGAUAGGGAAGGCGGCGAUAGUAAAGGAGGGUGGUAUUCCGGCGUUGGUGGAGGCAGUGGAGGAAAGUUCGGCAAAAGGGAAGGAGUUUGCGGUGGUGACAUUGCUGCAAUUGUGUGGGGAAAGUGUGAAGAAUAGAGGGUUGUUGGUUGCUGAAGGUGGUAUUCCUCCUCUUGUUGCUUUGUCUCAAAUCGGUACCGCUAGAGCUAAACAUAAGGCUGAGACCCUUCUUAAAUACUUGAGGGAGCCAAGGAAACAAGAUGCCGCUUCAUCGUCAACUCCUUAACAACAUGGUAAACCUUUUGGAAAUUAACUCUCGGGUAAUUAGCUUGUAAUACUGUAUAUAUAGUAAGGAGUGGUUGUAUUUUGUGUUCUGUAAUGUCUUGUACAGUAUGCUAUUUGGGUGAAAGACCGAAAAGACUAGAAGCUAACUUAGAUAUUCAUUAGUACAAAUAGAUCCCGUGUUCGUCUUCUAAAUCUAUCGUCUCUUCGUCUUUCUUCCCUUUUUACGUGGCCACAUAUUUGGAGAUGGCACAAGGGAUUGUUUGGCAAAUUAGCUUAUUGAGCAAUAUAUUAGCUUAUUUGGAUAUAAGUAGAAGGUUGGGUUGUCAAACUAAUUAAUACCAGUGUUUGGUAAACUAGCUGGUUGGAACAGCUUAUUGAUAUGAAUAAGUUAUUUUUGAAUAAGCUGCUCAUAGCAGCGGUUUUAAAAUCAGCUGGUGAAAUCAGCCACUAUAAUCAGCUAUCUACCACUAGCUAUUAGCCGUUUGCCAAACACCCUCACAAGCUUUUUACGAUUUUGCUUUCGCCACUUUGAAAUCACGGGCUUGAUCGGGAUCAGGCCCUUCUAUUUUUGUUUUGUGAUUGUAUUAGUUAGUACUAGAUGUGCCCAUAAUAAAAUGGAGAUGAUGAAGACAAGAGGGUGCUUGUUAUCCCAUUUUAGCACAUUGUAUUUUCUUUUUUUUUUUUUAAUUUGUUGAAGGGAUACAUGUGUAAUGUUUGUAUGUAAUAAUGUUAUUAACCCAAUGAUAUGUUAGGUAGUUGGGUGUUGUGAUUAAGAUUUUUUGUCUUCCUA